AUGUCAGGCCUUGUCAAACCUCUGCCGGCUUUAUAUGUUGUCUAUGUCUUGCGCUCAACAGUGAAGCCCGGCUCGAUAUACAUUGGAUCCACGCCAAAUCCGCCCAGGCGGUUGAAGCAGCACAAUGGCGAGGCCAAAGGCGGCGCGGUGCGCACAGCACGCGAUAACCUUCGCCCCUGGGAGAUGAUUGUGACGGUUUCUGGAUUCCCAAGCUCGACAGCAGCCCUCAAAUUUGAAUGGGCUCUAAACAAUCCACAUCUUACUCUACACAUACCGAAAGAAGAGCGUAUUACGGUUGCGACGGAGAGGAAAAGGAAUGGGAUGCCGAGACGAAAGCCGCACAACCUCAAGUGGCCAUUGAAUGUGCAUUUCUUUAGUCAGGACGCCCAUAAGGCCUGGAAGGACUGGAGCGAAACAAGAGAGACCCCCGUCGCCGCGAGUCCGAAGAUAUUGACCGACUUUGGCCCGUCUGCAGGGGAUGCGUCGACAACACCGUGGGGGAUUCACGCUCUAGCGUUGGAUUACUCUCCGAUGAAAGACUACAUUGAAAAAGCCCACAACGUGACAUCGUUUGAGAGGCAAGGACAGUGCAUUCACUGUCGUAAAGAGAUGCAGCCUGAGCAAGGCUUAUACGCAAUGUGCCCCAACGACGGCUGCGAGGCAAUGGGACACAUAGACUGCUGGAGCAAGCAUGCACUGGCGGGUGAUGAGCCCGGUGCCAUUAUUCCUACUAGCUGCAAAUGCCCAGCAUGCAGCGGCGAAAUACGAUGGGGAGAUAUGAUGAAGGAGCUGAGUUUACGGACGCGUGGAACAAAAGAGGUGGAGAAGCUGCUGAGAAAGAAGAAGCGGGCAAAGAAGGACUCGUGA